AUGGCUCUGACUUCUGCUGCCGGACUUGUUUCACUUUUGGACGAUAAGGGUGCUGAUGUUAAGGCAUUCGCUCUUCGUCGUCUGGAUGAUAUAGUUGAUGAGUUUUGGGCUGAGAUUUCGGAAGCUGUAAUCAAAAUUGAAAUACUUCAUGAAGAUACCAACUUGAUCAGGUCGAACUGUCAGGUUCUAGGAGUAUAUCAGGACAUAUUCCGUCAAGUAGUUUGA